AUGCUUACAGUCAUCGAUGUGCAGAGCAAGCAUGCUUGGGCUAUGCCGCUUAAGACUAAAGGUGGAAGCGAAACGGCUAAUAAAACAUCGGUCAUCGAGCGGUUCAAUCGCACAUUGAAGAACGCCAUGUGGAAGAUGUUUACACUCAAUGGAAGUUACAAAUGGAUAGAUUUAUUACCACACCUCAUUGCAGAGUACAACGCAUGCAAGCACAGGACCAUCGGCAUGCGACCCGUCGACGUUACCCCUGCGGUUGCUAACAGGCUCCUGAAAACGGUGUACAGCCACGUAAAAAUCGCUGGUCCGGCAAAGUUCAAAGUGGGUGACGCGGUACGCGUUGGUAGAUACAAGACGGUGUUUGAGAAGGUUUAUACACCAAAUUGGACCACCGAGGUGUUUAAAAUCGUUACAGUACAGCGCACCAAUCCCGUAACGUAUCUACUCAAGGAUUAUCGUGGAGAACCCGUCGCUGGAGCAUUCUACGAGUACGAGUUGCAUCGCGCGACUUAUCCGGAUGUGUAUCUCGUAGAAAAAGUGCUGCGCAGGAAGGGUGACAAGGUUUAUGUGAAAUGGUUGGGAUUCGCUGGAUCGCAUAACUCGUGGAUAGACAAGAAAAAUAUGCUUUAA